UGUGCUGGAUCAGGAAACACUGUGGUGUCUGACUUCAUAGGGACAGGCUGCACUAUAAUUACUCAUUUAAUCCUUCAACUUAUUGAAGAGUUUGAGUUUGUAACAGCUUUUCAGCUGUCUUUGGGAUCAGCCAUGCUUGGAGGUGUCCAUGCAGAUUCGUUAAUCUCUUUAUUGCUAGCCUUUUUGGCUUACUUGACCACUAUAUGCAGAGCAGAAAAUGACUUGUCAUUGGUAAAGUUACCAGAGUGGAAGGAAAUCUCAGAUUAUGUUGCCCCAUGUUUCUACAGUCAGCAUGGGAAUCUGACUUGUGACUGGACAAAGGGCAGAAGAACAGCUCCAGGGGAUGGCAAAGUAGAAAUACUGGAAAGUCCUCAACUGGCAGUUACAGGCGAGGCAUGCUUGGAGUUUUGGCAUCUGGCUUCAGGGUCAUCCAGAGCUGCUACACUUCGUGCUCUGCUGAAAAACAGUUUGGGUCAAGAGGAAAUCUGGACCUCUCUUCCUCUCCCCAGAGAUGCAUGGAGACAAGUGUCUGUGCCCCUCAACAUCACUGAAUUAGGCUCUCUGGUCAUGUUUGAAGCUGUCCAUCCACUGGCUGUAGACCAGACUACAUUAAAACGGAUUGGAGUAAGAAGAGGCUCAUGUAUAAACCAGUGUGAGGCAAACACUGAGCUGUGGACUGACAACUCAACACGUUGCCUCUGCUCAGUUGGACAGCGUUUCUGUUUUUCCUCUCUGUGCCCUAGGGACCAAAUAUGUGGUCCUCAAAAAAAUGGACCCAGUAGUUCUCCUUCAGGCAUGUGCACCAUCCACAGCAACACAUAUUGCCACACUUUUGAUGGUGCAGUGUUCCGCUUCAUGUCCCCCUGCACUUAUGUGCUGACAAAGACUUGCUCAGCAACUGAAGCUCUGACAAAGUUCAAUGUGGAAGUGGUCAACUUGCAAAGUGAUAAUGCAGCGCUGCCAACUAUCCAACAAAUCAACAUUGACCUAGAUAAUUUGAGGGUGUCCUUGCUAAAAAGUCAGAUGCACUGGGCUGUGGUUAAUGGUGUCUGGCGAGAGCUUCCACUAAGCCUGAAAAAUGACACAAUCCAUAUCAAGGGCAACCCUGCUGCUGUAGUAAUGGGAAGCAAUGCUGGAGUAUCCAUUUCCUAUGACAAUACUGGGGCUGUCCAGGUCAGAAUCCCAUUACAAUAUUCUGAUAGGGUUUGUGGAUUGUGUGGCAACUUCAAUCAGUUGCCUGGAGAUGACUUGCUCAAGCCUGAUGGUACGAAAGCCAAUAGUGCUACAGCUCUGGCUAAGAGUUGGCAGACGGGGGAAAAUGUCUCCUCCUGCGAAACCAUUCAAGUGCCACAACAUUGUGACCCACUGACUGAGUUUCAUUUCAGCAGUGACAAGUACUGUGGACUCCUACGCUCUGGCUCUGGGCCGUUUUCUUCUUGUCUACCAGUUGUGGGUGCUGAGAGCCAUUUCCAGGCUUGUUUGCUUGGCUUGUGUUCUAAUCAUGGUGAUCAAAGUGUACUCUGUGAAACAUUAGAGGUCUACGCAGAUGUGUGCCAAAUGGCAGGCAUUGCUGUACCCACAUGGAGAAACUCUACUUUCUGUGCUCCUGUGUGUGGUGAGAACAGCCAUUAUAACUCAUGUGCUAAUGGCUGUCCUGAGGUGUGCUCAAGUCUAGAUCAACCAGGUUUCUGUGGUACUUGUGAGGAAAGAUGUGAGUGCGAUCCUGGCUUCAAGCUGAGCGGUGAUAAGUGUGUCCCGGCAGACCAGUGUGGAUGCUGGUAUAAUGGAAAACACUAUAAGAAAGGGGGGAUGACUGUGGAGGGAGACUGUAUUCAGCAGUGCCAAUGUAUUGGUAAUGAUGUCAUGCAGUGCACUACAAUGAAAUGUGCCAGUGAUGAAGUUUGUAGGGAAAAGAAUGGUGUCAAAGGCUGCUUCCCUUUCAAACCUGCCACCUGUAGUGUGUAUGGGGAUCCACACUACGUUACCUUUGACAAACUGGCCUACAACUUUCAAGGGGGCUGUGCUUACACCCUGACUACCACAUGUGGAGGACAUAGCACAGUACAGUUCACUGUAAAUGGAUUCAACAUCCACCCUGCUGAUCAAACCUUUACCAGGUCCAAACUUGAAGCUGUGGCUCUUCAGCUUGAUGGACUGGACCUUACAUUAAAUCAAAGUGGAAAAGUUAAUGUGAACAGUGAUGCUGUUAGACUUCCCUAUUCAACCAGUGGUUCAUAUGGCUCUGUGUGGGUCUAUGUGAAGAACGACUACACCAUUCUGGAAACAACCUUUGGCUUAAAAAUGGAGAUGGAUGGGCACAGCAGGCUGUUCCUGCAGGUGGAUGAGCGCUACAAAUAUGAACUCUGCGGUCUGUGUGGCACCUACUCUGGAUAUCAGGAUGAUGAUUUUGCAAUGCCAGGAGGCCAAAUUGCUACUGGAUCAUUUGAAUUUGGUGACAGCUGGAGACUGCAUGCCAAUGAAGAAUGCACUGCCUAUCCAAAUAAUCCCAGAGAAUGUCUUGCUGAUGAGGUGACUAUCGCCAAUGAGGAAUGUUCCAUGGUGUUUCAGGGGGCCUUUGAAGACUGCCAUGAGCAUGUUCACCCAAGCAUCUACUUUAGUAGUUGUGUAUAUGACUAUUGUGCCACCAGUGGUAAUCAAGCCACUUUAUGUGAAUCGCUGAAGUCUUAUGCAGCAGCAUGCCAGGUGGAAGGAGUGGAACUGUCUCACUGGCAAACUGGCACACCAUGUGGUUUCUCAACUACAGUGCCAACAACUUCAAGCUCUACCUCUCCAGAUCAGGCUUUCUGUCCCAUCAACUGUAACUUUGACACAAAUAUGUGUGGGUGGCAGCAGCUCAUUCAAGACAGUUUUGACUGGACAAGACAUUCUGGAGCUACACCUUCAAAUCUAACUGGGCCACACCAGGACCACACCACUGGGGCUGGGUUCUACAUGUACCUUGAGGGAGAUGAUGCAAGCCAUGGAGACUCUGCACGUAUUUUGAGCCCAUCAUGCCAACUUGAUGGACCAGUCUGCUUCUACUUCUGGUACUAUAUGUACGGUUCAGCCAGUAGUAUGGCUCUCAAUAUCCAUCAGCUCCAAGCUAAUAAGGCUACAAAGAUCUGGUCUGCAAUGAACAACCAAGGACCUAAAUGGAGUCUGGGAAAAGCUGAUCUGAACAUCUCUGGUACUUUCAAAUUCAUCAUUGAGGGAAUUCGAGGCUCUACUGAGCAGUCAGAUGUGGCUAUAGAUGACAUUGCCAUCACUUCUGGGUCAUGCUCAGAGGUUUCCUUCAACCUAGUUGUAACUGCACUUCCUCUUGGAACUACAGAAGUAGGCCCAUCACACCCAUUCUGCAACUUUGAAUGUAGCUUCAAGAACAGCUUAUGCAGUUGGAGUCAGAUGGUCACUGAUGCAUUUGAUUGGACAUGGAACAAUGGUUCUACCCCUACUGAGAUGACUGGCCCCUCUACUGACCACUCUGGCGAUGGGAACUACAUUUAUAUCGAGGCCACAAGUGUGACACAUGGUGACACUGCUCGUCUUAUCAGCUCAAAGUGUGCAGACACUGGCCUUCACUGUCUGCAGUUCUGGUACCAUAUGUAUGGGUCAGCAGAAACAAUGGGCCUCAACAUUUACCUCCUUCAGAACAAAGUGGAUGAGGCAGUCUGGCAGAAGAGGAACAAUCAAGGCAAUAUGUGGCACUUGGCCCAGGUUGAGCUAAAUGCUACGACUGCUUUUCAGAUAAUCUUAGAGGGACGGAGAGGUUCCAAUGAUCAAUCAGAUGUGGCCGUAGAUGAUAUAACACUUUACCUUGGAAGAUGUUCAGAUCUGAGUGGCAUGGGUACCGCUCUUCCUAUUAACCCCAACUUUAACAUGACAGCCAUCCCAAGUGUCAAUUUGUCUACCACUGCAGCUCCAGAAUCCCCUGUGCUGUAUAGUACAGCCCACAUCACAAAAUCAACUGUUACAGUUUCUCCCACAAACAACCUUACAACUGUUUCAAUUGAUAUCCAAAAUAUAACUGAAUCUCCAGGGAAGGGCCAACAUCCAGAAUGCCACCUUGACUGUGAUUUUGAACAAGAUUUGUGUCAAUGGAGUCAGAUGCUCACUGAUGUGUUUGACUGGGAAAGGCACAGUGGUUCCACCCCCACUUUGACCACUGGUCCACUUUCAGAUCACACCACAGGAGAUGGCCACUACCUCCACAUUGAAGCCAAUAAGGCAUCACUAGGGGAUACUGCUCGUUUUAUUAGCACAGAGUGUCCUGAUACUGGCCCACAAUGUCUAGAGUUCUGGUAUCAUAUGUAUGGCUCUGCUGACACAAUGGGUCUGCAUAUAUACCUGCUUAAAGACAAACAGGCUACAGUAGUAUGGAGAAAAAGAAAUGAUCAAGGAAAUAUGUGGCAUCAUGCUCAGGUGGCCCUGACAGUAAAUGGAACAUUCCAGAUAAUUUUCGAGGGUCGUAGAGGUUCCAAUGAUGAAUCUGAUGUGGCAGUAGAUGACAUAAGACUUCGUCGGGGAUUAUGUCAAGAUUUGGCCAGACCAACUGAUGCACAAGCAAACUUGAGUCCAACAAAUGCCCCCCUGGUUCCAGUAGCAACCCAACUAGGACUCUCCAAUGUGACUGAGCCCCAAGUGUCCCCCACAGCUGGGCCACCUCCUCCAGCCACACAAGGCAAUGCUACUGCUGGACCCCAGGUGCCUGCUACAACCCAACCAGCGCCCUCAAAUGCAACUGGGCCACCUCCUCCAGCCACACAAGGCAAUGCUACUGCUGGACCCCAGGUGCCUGCUACAACCCAACCAGCGCCCUCAAAUGCGACUGGGCCACCUCCUCCAGCCACACAAGGCAAUGCUACUGCUGGACCCCAGGUGCCUGCUACAACCCAACCAGCGCCCUCAAAUGCGACUGGGCCACCUCCUCCAGCCACACAAGGCAAUGCUACUGCUGGACCCCAGGUGCCUGCUACAACCCAACCAGCGCCCUCAAAUGCGACCGGGCCACCUCCUCCAGCCACACAAGGCAAUGCUACUGCUGGACCCCAGGUGCCUGCUACAACCCAACCAGCGCCCUCAAAUGCAACUGGGCCACCUCCUCCAGCCACACAAGGCAAUGCUACUGCUGGACCCCAGGUGCCUGCUACAACCCAACCAGCGCCCUCAAAUGCGACUGGGCCACCUCCUCCAGCCACACAAGGCAAUGCUACUGCUGGACCCCAGGUGCCUGCUACAACCCAACCAGCGCCCUCAAAUGCAACUGGGCCACCUCCUCCAGCCACACAAGGCAAUGCUACUGCUGGACCCCAGGUGCCUGCUACAACCCAACCAGUGCCCUCAAAUGCGACUGGGCCACCUCCUCCAGCCACACAAGGCAAUGCUACUGAUGGACCCCAGGUGCCUGCUACAACCCAACCAGCCCUCUUUAAUGUGACUGGACAUAAUUCUCCACGUACAAUACCUGAAAACCCUCCCUCGACUAAAUCAACAAGGCCAACAUUGUGGCCAGACCUCUCAGUUGCGCCUAAACGUACGAUGAGCCCCAAACAAACUGUCUUACCACUACCAGAAACCACUCAAGUUUCAACACCAUCUUGUGUCAAGAACAGUCACUACACCACUUGCAUCUCUGCAUGCAGCCCAACAUGCAAAUACUUGAAUGGCCCACCACACUGCAUGGCACAGAAGACUUGUGUGUCGGGAUGUGUUUGUAACAAAGGCUUUGUACAAAAGGGGAGCAUUUGUGUGCCUAUACAGCAUUGUGGAUGCAUGGAUGGGAAUGGCACUACUCACCAUUUCAAUGAAUUAUGGUACACAAACCACUGCAGUCAGAAAUGUGAAUGUGAAGAUGAUGAUGGGGAAGGGAAGAUUGACUGCAAAGACAAAGAUGGGUGUGAUGGUGAUUCUGUCUGCCUUCAACAUGAGAUGGGACAAUAUUAUUGCAAGUCUACAGGCUUCAGUGAGUGCACCAUUCAGGGAGACCCAGAGUACCAAACAUUUGAUAAACAGAAGCAUGACUUCAGUGGAACAAACUUGUAUGUGCUAGUCAGGACCAAAAAUCUACCAAAGAAUCUCCCAGAAAUCUACAUAGAGGGCACAAAUGCAUGCACUGACGAGGACAGUCAAAAUGAUGACAGCAGUGAGGAAAAUACAAGUACAAUUGAUGGUGAAGAUGACAAGCAAAAAUUGCAAGGGCUUAAACUCAAGGUGUAUAAUCACACUGUAGAGCUCAAGCACACAAGAAAGGUGUUUGUAGAUGGACAAAGGAUUGAAGUUCCAGGUUCCUCAGCUCCUGGCCUUGAGAUACGGAUGCGUUCUUCCCGUAUCUACAUAAAAACUGACUUUGGUUUGUCUGUGGAGUUCAAUGGAAACUGCAAAACUGAUAUCAUUCUGCCGGUCCUUUAUAAAAGGAGAGUGGAAGGUUUAUGCGGUAACUUCGAUGGCCGAAAGUCAAAUGACAAGCAGAAACCAGAUGGCACCCUGGCCAAGAAUAUUAAAGAGUUUGGAGAAAGCUGGGCAGUUUGAAUCAUAAGAUUACAUCUUCGUGGUUCAUUUCUGACUACUUGUUUUUUUUUUUUUUUAAUACUAUUUACAUUAAACUCUUUACUUAAAUCUGUAAACAGUUUUGUAAACAUCAUAAAAUAUGCUGUAACAUUGUGCUAGUUUUUCAGACUGGCUCUAUCAGUGUGCCUGUUUAAUUUGAAUCCAUGUUUAACCUGCAAUUUAUAGUUCACCUGGUCGUCGUAUUUGUACUAGUUGCCGCUUGCUAUUUAUUAAUGGUAAUCUUAAAGUACCACAUUUUGUCAUGUAAGUCAAAUCCAGCCUGCUCUGACAUAUCCGUGGACUAAAAUGUAAAGAAAAUGGUUGUGUGGGCUCCUGUCAUUCUAGUCUUGACCAAUGAUCACACUUCUGCAGGUGGAAACUGAACUUGUAGAACUCAAAUGUCAGCAAGCCAAACAAAUGCAGCAUUCUCUAGAGGGUGACUGUUAAAAACAUAUUUAGACUAA